AUGGAUAAUUACGUCAGUGAUGAAGACACAGACAAUGACUUUGACACCCAGCUCACCAUUCAGCAGAGUUUACAGGAUAUUUACAAGCCAGGAACAACCCAACAUGCACCUGAUGAGAGCUUUCAUUCCUUUUUGAGUGCUUACUAUAAGAAGAUAAUUGAAACAAUAGAGACAGGUGAGGAAGAUGCAUUGUCACACUUAACCAAGUACCAUUCUGCUUUUGAUGAAGCAGAUGGGAUAGGGUGGACUCUCUUGCAUAAGGCUGCAGUACAAUUAAAUAAGAACAUUUUAGAAAUAACCCUGAAAGCUUCAAAAACCAGUGUAUGGGAGCAAACCACCCAUAAUGGUGAAACACCACUUUUUCUGGCUGUCAGCAAUUGCCUCUUAGAAAAUGCCAGUUUUCUUCUUCUCAAUGGCUGCAAUCCAAAUGCUAAGAAUUUCGAAGGCAAUUCUCCUCUUCUUACAGCUGUUCUACGUGACUCCUAUGACAUGGCUACCUUGCUGAUCAGCCACGGAGCGGAUGUAAAUCUACGAUGUGCCAAUGACAGGACUGCUCUCCACGAGGCAGCCAAACUGGGCAGACAGGACAUGGUGAAGCUUAUGCUGGUUUCUGGGGCACACCCUGACCCCCGGAGCACCUAUGGAUUCACUCCACUUGCUCUUGCUGCCCAAAGUGGACACACUGAAAUUAUGGCAUUAUUACUGCAGAAAGGUGCUAAUGCUCAUGGUCAGGCCUCUGAUUCAUCUUCCAUAUUACUUGAAGCUGCUAGAGGAGGAAAUCCAGACUCUGUGACUCUCUUGCUAGAGUAUGGAGCUGAUGCCAAUAUACCUAAGAAUUCAGGCCACCUGCCCAUUCAUGUGGCAGCUGACAGAGGACACUUAUUAGUUCUAAAGAUAUUGAUUCCAGUUACGGACCUUGCUGCCAUUAAGCGGAGUGGGAUCAGUCCAGUUCAUUGUGCAGCAGCAGGAGCACACCCUCAAUGCCUGGAACUUCUCAUCCAGGCUGGAUUUGAUGUGAAUUUCAUGCUAGAUCAGAAAAUUCGUAAACAUUAUGAUGACCAAAGGAAAUCAGCUUUGUAUUUUGCUGUAUCAAAUGGUGACCUCUCUUCAGUUAAGCUGCUUCUGGGCGCUGGAGCUCUGCCUAAUCAAGACCCAGUUAACUGCCUGCAGAUAGCCCUUAGGAUGGGUAACUAUGAGCUCAUAAGUCUACUGCUAAGACAUGGUGCCAACGUCAAUUACUUCUGCAGAGUCAACCCUUUGCAUUUCCCAUCAGCACUGCAAUACACACUAAAAGAUGAAGUCAUGCUCAGGAUGCUGUUGAAUUAUGGGUAUGACACAGAGCGAUGUUUUGAUUGUCCUCAUGGGGAUAAAAUUCAUCCUUUCUAUACUUUUGAAGGCUGGACAUCUACAGUUAUUAAAGAUACUAUGUUCUGUGAAGUAAUAACUUUAUCAUGGCUGCAGCAUCUCUCUGGAAAGGUUGUUCGAGUGAUGCUUGAUUAUGUUGAUCAAGUUCAAAUCUGCUCAAAGUUGAAAGCUGUGCUCCAAAAACAGGGGCUCUGGUCAGAAAUACAUUUUAUCUUGACAAACCCUCGUUCCCUAAAACAUUUGUGCCGCCUAAAGAUCCGCAAGUGUAUGGGGCGUUUGCAUUUACGCUGCCCUGUCUUCAUGUCAUUUCUUCCAUUGCCCAAUCGUCUAAAAGCAUACAUCCUUUACAAAGAAUAUGACCUUUACGGACAAGGAGUUUUUACAGAAACCUGGUAA